AUGGCGUCGGUCAACUCCAUCCCCUCCGACAAGGACGAGGAGCGCGAGGCGAUGCAGGAUGACCUGAUCGACGACGACGAGGAUGUCGGACCUGAGCUGGACGCGUCCCAGAAAGAAUAUCUCGCGCACCACGAACGGCUCGACGACAUGCUGACUCCGCUGAUGCUGGAGGAAGCCCGUCUCUACAAACUGGCCCGUCGCUUCUCCACCACCUAUCGCCAGCUGGCCUUGACCUCCGACCAGCAGUUCUUACCCACCCCCGUGACCCAACUGCCCACCGGCCAGGAGACCGGUCGCUACUUGGCGCUCGAUGUGGGGGGCAGUAAUCUCCGCGUGGCGUUUAUCGAGUUGUUGGGCGAGGCGGCCGAGUCCGAGGUGCGCUCGACCGAUGCCUCGGAGAGGUCGCGGGAUACCAUUCGCAAGGCCCAGCGCCAGCGCGUGAAGCGUACGUUGGAGCGGGCAUGGCCGAUCCAGGAGCACCUGAAAAUGGACAAGGCGGAGGAUCUGUUUGCGUGGAUCGGCGACUGCAUCGCGGAGGUCGUGGCGGAGAGCCUCUCCUCCGAUGCCACCAAAAAAGACAUCCCCGAAGAGUUGGACUUGGGGAUUACCUUUAGUUUCCCCAUCUUGCAAGAGUCGUUGGCCGAGGCGACAUUGAUGCCAAUGGGGAAAGGUUUCGCCAUCACGUCGAACCUCAAUCUGCACAAGAUCCUGCUGAAUGGCUACGAGAAGCACACCCGGCGACCAGACGACGAGGACGAGCCUUCGAAAAAGCGCCGGAAGCUGUUUGCUCUGCCCAAACUCAAGAUCGCAGCCAUCACCAACGACACUGUCGCCACACUCGCUUCCCUCGCCUAUGCGGUCAAAUCCCUACCCAACAGCCGCGUGGCCAUGGGUAUUAUCGUGGGUACCGGAUGCAACGCGACGAUCCCGAUGAAACUUGACGCGUUGCACGAAGACAAGGCCAAGAGCGUGAAUGCCAUGAAGCCGGAUGCCGUGGAGACGAUCGUGAAUACCGAAUGGACCAUCUCCGGCGCGGCGCCGCCGCUCAAAGAGCUCGGAGUGACCACAAAAUGGGAUACUGAACUCGACCAGGCCUGUACACGCCCAGGAUUUCAGCCAUUCGAGUACAUGACGGGCGGGCGGUACAUUGGCGAACUCAUCCGCCUCAUCCUCUUUGAUUAUCUUACUACGAUCGCCGGACUGUCGAAACGCAUCCUGCCGGCCAACCUCGUUCAAGAAUAUGCCCUGACCACCACCUACAUCUCCGACACCGUGGCCCGCGCCCGCGACUGGCGCUGGGACGCUCUCGCCGCCGGCGCAUUCCGCAAAAUCGCGCGCACUGUGCAGCGCCGAUCCGCGGGCUUGAUCGCCGCGGCGGUGGUCGGCUUGCUCGCCUGCGCGCGCGAGAUCGAGCUGAAAGAAGACAGCAACGUCAACACCCCGCUGAAUGCCGCCUCGCCGCUGAGCAACGGCGAUCCUCACACUCGUGACCAUACCCCUGCCCCCGUGGCAGCGGCUGCCAGUCUCGCUGCCUCCUCCCCCUCUACCGCCCGUAACAAUGUUCACGGGCAUGUUGUCCCGGUCCUCGAACCCACCCCAGCAGAAUGGCAAUCUGGUCCAGAGGAGCUGGUCGUUGCGUAUACGGGCGGUAUCAUCCAGCAUUACCCGCACUUUAAAGAAAUGUGCCAACAAUACAUCGACCGCCUCAUCAUGCGCACCGGUCCGCAACAAGGAGGCAAAUCCGUGUUUCUGCGCGAAGCCUCCGACGGCGGUGUCAUUGGAGCCGGGGUUUUGGCGGGGAUGGUUGGCCGCAAGUAA